AUGGCAUGGGUUCGUGAAGUAUGUAAAAGAAUUGGAAUGGUGUUAAUGAUUGGGGGUUCGAGUGACGGGGAUAGAGGACGUAGGACACCGUAUGUGAUUGUUCGUUGUGAGCGUGGGGGCCAUUAUGUUGGCAAGAAGGUACCAGGUGAAGAUGAUCAAAGACCGGGAAAAAGGAGCACCGGUUCAAAGAAAUGCAAUUGUCCGUUUAAAUUGAAGGGGACAAGAGAACACAAGGAUGAUGAAAAGGCUGAGUGGAAAUUGGAUGUUAGUUGUGGUAUUCACAACCACAACUUAUUCGAAAACUUGCACGGACACUCUUAUGCCGGAAGAUUAUCAAAGGAGGAUGUUUCCUUUGUUCACACUAUGAAGAAAGCAAUGGUGAAACCAAGGGCAAUUCUAAGAGCAUUGAAGCAAAAGGACCCGUCUAAUGUAACUGGUAUGAAGACAGUUUACAAUACUAUCUCUAAGUUAAAUUUCAGUGAAUUGGAUGGGAGAUCUCAAUUGCAAUCAUUGUUCGUCAAGUUGAAAGAAGAUGAAUACCUCUCGUACCGUAGAUCGAACGAGUUGAAUGCGAUUACCGACUUGUUUUGGAUCCACCCGAAAUGCAUUAAGUUGGCACAGUCGUAUCCGUACGUAUUCGUCAUCGAUUGCACGUACAAGACCAAUCGUUACGGACUCCCAUUUCUUGAGAUUGUGGGUUUUACUUGUACCAACAAGACGUUCUCAAUUGCCUUUGCCUACUUGGACCACGAAAAGACGGAAAAUUUUGAAUGGGCGUUGCGUUGUUUGAAGGAGGCCAUGAGCAGUUGUCCUCGGCCUAAUUGCAUUGUAACAGAUCGAGAUUUGGGUUUAAUGAAAGCAGUGGCCAAUGUGUAUCCAUCGAGUCAUCACUUGCUGUGUCGGUGGCAUGUGAACAAGAAUAUACUGGCCAAUUGUAAGAAAUUGUUCCCAAAGGACAUCACCAAAUGGAAGCAAUUUCAGUCGAGUUUUUCGGCUCUUAUUGAAAGAAAUACCAUAGAGGAGUUCAAUGAGGAUUGGGAGGAUUUGAAAAGAACAUUUAUGGGUUAUCUCCCGGCUAUAGAGUAUGUAGCUAAUUCAUGGUUGGAUCCGUACAAGGAGAGACUUGUAUCGGCAAAGACAUGCAGUGCCCCAAGCAUACUCGCCGAUCCGAUCCAAAUCAGAUACAAGAUUUAG